ACAUGUAAUGAACCUUGUCCAAACUAUAUGCUAGUAAAGAAACAGAUCUCAUCAGACUACAAAGAUAGUAACCGUGAUUUUCAGUUUCAUGGUGAUGACGUUUUCUUGAAAACCCCAGAGGAUGACCGUAUUGGCCUAUCUGUGGAAGACAGACAAUUCUUGAAACUUAUGGAAAAAUCAUUUACGAAGAACAGUGAAGGGUUAUGGACUGCUCCUCUCCCUUUCCGACAGUCUCCUGUCAACAUGCCAAAUAACAGAUCUCAAGCUGUCCACAGGGCACAAAUUCUACAUAUCAGUUUGCAAAGAGACUCUGUUAAAAAGGAACAAUUCGUGAAAUUCAUGGACAAAGUAUUGAAAAGUGGAGCCGCAGAAGUUGCCCCAAAUUCUACAAGCUACGCCUGCUGGUACUUACCGCUGUUUGGUGUAAGCAACCCAAAGAAACCGAAUCAGAUAAGGGGUGUUUUUGAUUCGUCAGCCAAAUAUGGAGGCGUUUCACCCAACUCUAUGCUUAUGACGGGCCCAGACAUGAUAAAUAGCCUCCUUGGAAUAUUACUACGCUUUAGAAAGGAUGAGGUUGCCAUGACUACAGACAUCGAACAGAUGUUUUACCGGUUUCGUGUAGAUGAGAACCACCGUGAUUUUCUACGCUUUCUCUGGUACAGAGAUAACAACCCUGAGGAGGAUUUGAUAGAGUAAAGGAUGACCUCACACGUAUUUGGAAACAGUCCAUCACCCGCAGUUGCCUGUUACGGACUCUUAAAAACAGUAGAAAAUGCUGACCCAGAUGUUAAAAAUUUCGUGAAACAUAACUUUUAUGUUGACGAUGGACUCAUUUCCUUAACGAGUGAAUCAGAUGCUAUUGGAUUGAUGAGACGUACUCAAGACAUCAUGAAAACAGAAGGACAAAUUAGACUACAUAAAAUAACAUCCAAUAGAGCUGCAGUUAUGGAAGCCUUUGACAUUAGUGAUAGAGGAGAAGAAGUGAAAGAAAUUGACAAUGAUCAUUUGGUUCAUAGAUCUCUUGGACUCUGUUGGAAUUUGAAGGAGGACACCUUCGUGUUUACUGUACCUAAGGAUGAAAAGCCCUUUACCCGUCGUGGUUUGCUGUCAACGGUAAACAGCUUGUUUGACCCCAUCGGCUUUAUUGCUCCUAUUACCAUUAGUGGCAAAAUUCUCCUACGAGAAUGUACACCAGAAGGAAUCGACUGGGAUGAACCACUACCCACAGAUCAUCUUCACAAAUGGAAAGAAUGGCAAUCUUCUAUUGACUGCCUCAGUGACAUUGCCAUACCCCGUAUGCUGUCCCAUACAUCAGGCAGUUUAGUCAAAGUGUCAGAAGUCCAUAUAUUUUCUGAUGCUUCAGAAAAAGCAAUAGCUGCGUCAGCCUACCUGAAAACAGUGGAUAACGAUGGGCUUACCAGUGUUCGUUUCAUCAUAGGCAAAGGCAAGUUAGCCCCACUCAAGGGUAUAACCGUCCCUCGCCUGGAGUUAUGCGGUGCGGUCCUAGCGUCUGAGAUUGCAGAAAUUAUAUCUGUCCAACUCCAUAUUCCAUUGUCAUCAAUGAAAUUUUACACAGACAGUCGAGUGGUUUUAGGAUAUAUUAACAACCACACUCGUCGUUUUUAUACAUAUGUGAGCAACAGAGUCGACCGAAUUUUGAGAAUAUCUUCUGCGGACCAAUGGAACUUUAUCUCCAGUGAGAAAAACCCUGCUGACUCUUGUACAAGAUGCAUCACGACGGUUGUUGACAUCAUGCAACUACCAUGGUUCAUCGGACCUCAAUGGCUUUGCAACGACUCAGAAUCAGAGGUGACACCUACACAGUAUCCUCUCAUUGAACCUGAAACUGACCAGGAAGUUAGACCAUUGGAUGUGAAAAUCGCUACUUGUAUUCACACUGCCGUCACUGUGUCAACACCACAACCCAGUCUCAAUACUAACAGAUUUGAACAUUUUUCUAAUUGGUGUGAUCUUAUCACUGGAAUUACAUGCCUUCAACGAUUCUGUCGUAAACUUGGUCUACAAAAGAAACCUGUCACACUCAGCCGCAAUGAUGAGAUACAGAUAGCCGAAAACUUUGUGUUGAAACAAGUUCAGCAAGAGAACUUUUCUAAAGAUAUAAAGAAACUGAUUGCUGGAAAUCCGUUGACCAAGGAUAGCAACAUUACAACACUUUCACCCUUUUUGGAUGAGAAAGGACUACUUCGAGUUGGAGGUAGAAUAAACAAAGCUACUGGAAUAAUACAUGGAAAGGAAAUCAACCCAAUUAUUCUUCCUAAACAGAAUCAUAUAUCUUGUCUUCUGAUUCGUCAUAUUCAUGAACAAGUAAAACAUCAAGGGAGAAUAUUUACGGAAGGAGCCCUUCGCAGCGCAGGAUAUUGGGUUAUUGGUGCCAAGCGCAUGAUUGCUUCUAUGAUACACAAGUGUGUCACUUGUCGCAAACUUCGUCGCAGCCUCGAAACACAGAAGAUGGCGGAUGUUCCACCUGACAGAAUUACACCAGGACCAGUAUUUACGUCUGUUGGAAUUGAUGUAUUUGGACCAUGGGAUGUUUCCACUCGUAAGACUCGUGGAGGAGCAGCAAAUAGUAAACGAUGGGGGUUGUUGUUUACUUGUCUUACUUCUAGAGCAGCACACAUCGAAGUUCUUGAGAAAAUGACAAGUUCGUCAUUCAUAAAUGCUUUACGAAGAUUCCUUGCAGUCCGUGGACCAGUGAAGUUCAUACAAUCAGAUCGUGGCUCUAAUUUCAUCGGAGCGGCUGAAGAGAUGAAGGUGAACACUGUGAAGGUAGAAGAAGGAACAGUACAGAAAUAUUUAAACAAAUCUGGGAUCACUUGGAUUUUCAAUGUGCCUCAUUCCUCCCAUAUGGGAGGCAUCUGGGAACGAAUCAUAGGAAUGACCCGUAAAAUAUUGGACUCUAUGCUUUUGGAAUGUAGUAACAAAACCCUCACUCAUAAAAAACACUAUCAACGUUCUUAUGUGAAGUUUGCGCCAUUAUAAACUCCCGUCCAAUUGCACCUAUUUCAUCGGAUCCUAAUGAACCUUUGAUACUUACACCGUCCAUGCUCCUUACUGGGAAAGUGGAAUUCUUACCUGUUGUGUCCGAUUCACUCAGCCCUCAAGAUGUUUACCGUUCUCAGUGGAAACAUGUGCAACAUCUAGCCGACAUUUUCUGGCGACAGUGGCGUAAACAAUAUUUGUGUAUUUUACAGAGUAGAAGAAAAUGGGAUCGUGAACAGAGAAACGUAAAAGUGGAUGAUGUAGUGUUGCUGAGAGACCCUGCAGAACAUCGUAACUGUUGGCCAAUGGGUGUUAUUGACCGUGUGUUUACCAGUGAUGAUGGCUUGGUGCGAAAAGUGGUCGUUCGAACCAUUAGAGGCGAUAAACCAACCUUUUAUAUCCGCCCUAUUCAUGAACUGGUGCUUCUGAUCGAAUCUCAGUGACACAUUUUUGGCUUAACGUGUGACAGUUAUGUAAUUGUUUAGAUGUAUUCAAAGUGCAUUGUACAUGUAUUGGCUGAUUUUUCCAUAACCUUUUAUAUGUUUUUUCUUAGAAAUGCAUGUUGGAAAUAUUUUGCCUCAUAUAUACUUUGUAGUGGCAUUUUACUCAUGCCAGACGGGGAGUGUAGUGGAACGGAGAGUUGUCUUUCCUGUGUUUACUGUUAA